AACGAGAACUUCGCGUAAAAGAAAAUACAGAUGGAGAAGGCUAGCCAGCUCGCUGUGUCACAGAGAGUCCCCUUAAGCCUACGUGACAACUCACAUACUGUCCCUUUGUGACCAGCUUAAUCGGUAGAAUGCCCGAUGUCUGUGUGCUUUGUCUGGUUGCCGCGCUGGCUGCAUUCGCCCGGCUCGCCGGCACUGUGGGCCCCGUGGUUCGAUGUGAGCCUUGCGACGCCGGCGCGCUCCUGCAGUGCAAGCCGCUGCCGAAAGACUGUGUGGAGCGGGUGAAGGAGCCCGGCUGCGGCUGCUGCAUGACGUGCGCCCUCGGAGAGGGACAACCGUGUGGAGUAUACACGGGGCGCUGCGGCUCCGGCUUGACCUGUCGGCACCAGCCCGGGGAGAGCAGACCCCUGCAGGCUCUCCUGGAGGGACGGGGAGUGUGUUCGAGUCCCAAAAAACUGAACAGCGUUCUCAUGCCACCGCAAAAAGAAGAAAAUGCUGGAAAUCAGGUCGAAGACUCUGUCAAUGUCACCCAGACAAUUACAGUGCUGCCUGGCGUGGGAACUGUGAAGGAUGGACAUAGUAGGGGCUCGAUGGACACCAGGCCUCCUUUGCACAACAUAUUAAUUCAGAGGGGUGAGAACAGGAAGACCCAGAGCUACAAGGUGGAAUCAUUAUCAGGAGGAGCCAAUACGGAUGUGCACAACUUCUCUGUGGAGAGCAAGAGGGAGAAUGAGUAUGGGCCAUGUCGGCGGGAGAUGGAGAGCAUCCUUAACAGCCUUAAAAUCAGCAACGUGCUUAACCCGAGAGGCUUCCGCAUACCCAACUGUGACAGAAAGGGUUUCUACAAGAAAAAGCAGUGCCGUCCGUCCAAAGGCAGGAGGCGGGGCUACUGCUGGUGCGUGGACAAAUAUGGGCAGCCUCUCCCCGGCUACGAUGGCAGGCAGUGGGGCGAGAAGCAGUGCUACAACCUGGAGAGCAAAUGAGAGGAUGGAGGAACAAAAAGUGGAUGGAAAGGGGAAGACGGUGUAAUAUGGGGGAGGGAUGGGCGAGGGGGUGAGGGGGGCGAGAAAGAACGAGAUCCCACUGUGCUCUUGCAUUUAGUUUUAUGUAAACAUCUGAAGGAACUCUGGACCUCUGAUUUCAGGUCCUGCUUCUGUUGGAGGGAGGGAAGGGGGGACUAGGGGAAGGUGAGGGGGAGGGGUAAAGGAUAGCGCACAGCCUUCUGUCCAUCACAGCUAUCUGUCCUGUGCUAGGGGGAACCACCUCUGUCCUUUUUUUAAAAUAAAGGUUUAAGCUGAAAGCUGGGGAGGGGAGGGGGACCCGUCAACUGCACUAUUCUUUUAGAGAGAGGAAGGAGGGAUUUUUCCACUCACUUUAAAGAGGAGUUGUUUGUGACUGUGACCUGCACCCCCACCUCUUAAAAAACCAACGCCAUUGUUUGUUUGUUUGUUUGUUUGUUUGUGUUUGUGUGCCCAUCUGCCAGUUAGUAACUGCGUGUGUGUGUGGCUGUGUAAUAUGCAUGCACAGCUGCAUGUCUGCAUGCAAGUGGCGUGUGAGUUUGUGUGUUUGUUUGUGUAAAUACUGCAUGUCACUAAACUCAGUUUAGAGAUGUCUGACUGCCUAUCCCCAGGCCCUGCUCCAUUAAACAAUGCAGAAAAAACAUAGCACUCUGGCUCAGGGUCCAUUAUUAAGUGAAGGAUUAUAAAAUAUUAGAUGGUAGGGCUUUAACUUUUUAGUGCAGCUCGGGGGGCAGCCUUGCUGUUUCUAGUUCCUUGUUACUAACCUGCAGGGCAAAGGGAUCGGAGGCAGUCCAUGCAGCCACAGUGCCUUAAAAACUAGCCUUUCAUUACCUCCUCUUCAGAUUCAGCUCUUCCUCUUCUUCAGUAGCAUAAAGCAAUACUUCACUGAAAAGCUACCUUAUGAGUAUCGUGCUUGACAAUUUUGAGGCUUGCAUCUUUGAUGAGGAGAGCAGCUAUAACUAAAACAGUAUACACAAAGAUCCUGAUACAGUGCCAUGAAACAGUAUUUUCUCCUUCUCUUCUUCCUUUUUUUGUAUAUUUGCCAUACCCAAUUGUUUCAGGUCAUCCAAUGAAUUCUAAUAUUGGACACAGAUAGCCAAAGGAAAGACAAAAUGCAGUUUUCAAAUAAUGUUUUUGUUUAGCAAGGGGAAAAGCUGUUCAAACUUAGCUGCAUCUGGGUGCAUUUCAAUGAUAUUGGAGACGCAAACCCGAGUGCAGAAUUUAUAAAAUUAGGAGCUGGCUAAGGUGAUCCUAAUUUUUUUUUUUCAUUGUGGAAAACAAAAGUUUUCAAACUUUUCCAGGCCUUAAACCUGAUGCGCAUUCUCCCUCAUAGUAAAUCUAUAAAAACAAGGCGUUUAGGAAAACAGUGAAUAAAAAAUAGCUUUUCUAAAAAAGACAAAAAUUGCAGUUCAGUAUUGAAUAUUACAUAAAAUAACCUAUAUAUAAAGUUUCUUUUAAUGGCAGAGAUGCGGAAAUGUGUGCAUGUAGCACAGAGCCGUGGCUCAGUGUCUAAGUGUCUUAAUGAAAAUGUGCCUUGAAGCUAUUUAGAAUUCUUAUCUUGUUUGAUCUGCUGCUCACCAUAAACAAGCACAAACAGAAGUUUUGGAUUUUUAACUGUAUUUUCAUAAGUUUGACGGCUUUUCAUAUUGAUAAAAACCUCCUGUUUUGGCCAUUCAUACUAAAAAAAAGUAAUGGAAUUUCUGCUCUUCUAGAAAAUCCUGGAUGAGAAUUUCCGACCAUCAGUUCGUGCCAUGUGCCCGAAGGGCACGUAAGGUAAUGCAGCAAUACAAUACAUUCAGGGCACCCCAGCAAGUCCACCUCUGCAUGGCUCAAGAAAACAGUGGACUAGGAGUGGACUAGUCGAGGUCUAGUCUGAUUAAGAUGCUUUGGCGUGACCUUAAACAGACCAUUCAUGUUCGAAAACCAGGGCUAUCUCUGUCUAACAUUAAAAUUGGUUAAGUGUGAUUAAAAUGCAAAAUAACAAAAAAAAUCAGGGGAAAAAAGUUUUCAUGGCACUGUAAACUUCUUAAACUGCUUUUGAAGGAAAGUCCAGUUCUUCGGGACACAUUUUAAGAGUGUAAACUUAUAGUUCUAUUGGAUGCUAAAGCUACGUUAUUAUUACGUUAUAUCUACAGAUGCUGCUUGGCCAAGGAGACAAUGCAAUAAAGCUCCUGGAAUACAGUUUUUGUUCUGUUAAUGUCAAGUGAUCACAGAAUAUGUAAGAGGGAAGAUUUUCUGACUCAGUAUAUAUUUUGUCUUGUCUCCCUCCCAUCACCCCCAAGUGUUCAUGGCAGAUGGCUGCUCCUUCCCGAGCUUGGUUCAGCUCAAGGUUUCUUCCUGUUAAAAGGGAGUUUUCCUUUCCACUUUUGCCAAGUGCU